UAGCUUUCUUUGAUCGUUGUUGUCGGAGGUUUUAGAGCCUCGGAAGGCUAUUAAAAACCCUCCCUACAUCCUGAAAUCAAAAUUUAUCAGUGAACUCAACAAAAAUGGGGUUAGGUUGUAAGUUGAAGCUAGAUCUAUUUAUCACCAUCUUCUCAAUUGCUCUUCUCUCUUCCCCUGUUCUCUCCGAUCUAAUUAUCUCGAAGGUUGACCGUCGCAUUGAUUUGACAUCCCACAUUGUGCGCAUCACCUCCACUCUUAAGGUGGAAAAUGAUGGAAAUGACCCAGUUUCAGACUUGCUGGUUGCCUUCCCAGAUCGCCAGGCAAAACAUUUGGCCUUUUUGUCAGCUUAUCCUCAUGUAGGCAAAGGGAAGACAAAAGGUCGUGGAGCUAGUCUCCCAGUUCAAUCUGGUCAAUCUGAGGGGAUGCCUGAAUCUUUAACAUCCUACACUGUCUCUCUACCGAGGAAACUUGCCAAGGGAGAAAGUUUGACUUUGGAGGUUUUAGCUGUAUUUGCUCAAAUCUUGAGGCCUUUCCCUGAGCAAGUUUCCCAGGGUGAUUUUCAGCUUGUUGUAUUCCAAGAUAGUGCAUAUUAUCUAUCCCCCUAUGCAGUAAAGGUCCAGACUCUAACUGUUAAACUGCCUGAUGCAAGAAUUGAAUCUUAUACAAAACUAGAAAACAGCAAAGCUCAAGGUUCUGAGAUCAAGUAUGGACCAUAUGAGAACCAAUCUCCUUUCUCAUAUACCCCAAUAGUUGUUCAUUAUGAAUACAACAAGCCAUUCGCAGUUGCUCAAAAGUUAGUGCGUGAGAUAGAAAUUUCACACUGGGGAAAUGUACAAAUUACUGAGCAUUAUAACCUUGUCCAUGGAGGUGCUGUUCUCAAGGGAGAAUUUUCUAGACUUGAUUAUCAAAUGAGUCCACAUACAAAGGGUGCUUCAGCAUUUAGCAGACUAGUGGCUAAACUACCUCCAAGCGCACAUUCAGUCUACUAUAGAGAUGAGAUUGGCAAUAUUUCCACGUCUAAUCUGUGGAGUAAUUCGAAAAAUACUGAGCUAGAAAUUGAACCGAGGUAUCCUCUGCUUGGUGGCUGGAAAACAUUUUUUACCUUUGGAUAUGGCUUGCCACUAAAGGAUUACUUAUUUGCAACUCAAGGAAAACGUUUUGUUAACAUCUCUUUCGGUAGCCCUAUUAAUGAGCUACUGGUCGAUGAGCUUGUAGUGAAGGUUGUUUUGCCGGAAGGGUCAAGUGACAUAUCUGUUUCUGCUCCAUUUCCAGUGGAACAAUGGCAAGAGACGAAACAGAGUCACCUGGACAUAAGUGGUCGACCAGUGCUGGUGCUGCAGAAGACCAAUGCGGUUCCAGAGCAUAAUCAACAUUUUCAGGUCUACUACAAGUUUAGCUGUUUGUCCUUGCUCAGGGAGCCAUUGAUGUUGAUUUCUGGAUUUUUCUUCCUUUUCGUUGCUUGUAUUGCGUACUCCCAUGCUGACUUCUCAAUUUCCAAGUCCUCUGCCUCCUAUUUGGCAAAACUGCAAUGGGAUGAGGUGCUAACCACAAUCCAGCAGCUUGGGAAUAUUAUCAAUCGAUGUUUGACAAUCCAUGAUAAACUGGAAUCUUCAUUGAUUGAAUUGUCUAGAACUGGUAAUGUUCAAGCUUGUAAAACGGCUCGAAAAGCCGCAGACAGUUUGUUUAAAGAGCUUUCAAAGGAGUUGAAGCCCUUGCUUACAACCUUGCAAUCAUCUCCACAAGCAGCCCAAAUCUUUCCUAAGGCAGAGGAACUUGUUGCAAAGGAGCGAGAAUUACAAGAAAGGUUAAUUGCUAAACAUUCAAUUGUGGUAGAUUGUUACGAAAAGAAGCUGAGCGGUCGGGAAAUCGAAAAUCGGAUUGCUCCUUACCAGCAAAAGGUUACGACCUUGAGGCAGGAUGUUGAUGAUCUUCUAGAGUAUCUUGAUGAAAUCUAAGUAGUUUUGCUUCAUAGUUUUUGUUUCUGCAAAUGGUUAGCAAAUGCUGUACACACAUGGGAUUUGGCUAUCAGAUUGCUGAUCUUAUGCUAUAUGCUAUCAGAUUUUGUACACUGUGAGGCUCUAAUGUAGGAAGAUUAUCAUUAUACAGAAGGUUUGGGCCACGGAUGAGUUAUAAUAUUCUGAAAUGGUAUAAGAGUUCAGAUUACAUAACGAAAUCAUGCGUUAGUUUAGUAUUUGUAUGAACAGGCAUAAAUACUACUUCCUCAGUUUUAAAAUUGAUGUUUCAUUUUCA